GUUUUUUUUUCAACUCUUUCAGGUUGUGACUGGAAGCAUCAGUGAUUUUCAAGUUGGUCUCCGAUGGAUUCUCUGUGUCCGGAUAUUUCCAGUAGUAGUAUUAUUUGAAAAUAUUGUACUGGUGCAAUACGCGAUCAUAUAAAUUAUGUCGGCCUUGAAUGUCGCCGCGCAAUUCAGUGACGAUGAAUGUUCUGCGGACGAAGACAAGGCGGAUUCAGUUGAUGAUGAAUCUUGUCCGGAUAAAGCUCCUUGGACAGCUAGAGCCACCUUUAUUUUGCUGGGAUCAUUGGGAUUUUUCAACGUAUACGCCAUGCGCGUAAACCUCAGUAUCGCGAUCAUGUCGAUGGUCAAAAGUGGCGGCAGCAGUGGGAAUUUCACGCCAGUUUGUGGACACCGUAGUAAGGCCAGCGCAUUUGUUUCGAUGGAAAGUGAUGGAGAAUUCGAUUGGGAUGAAGCUACGCAAGGAUUGGUCUUGGGCUCUUUCUUCUGGGGUUACAUAAUUACUCAAAUUCCGGGAGGUGUGCUUGCGAAGCAUUUCGGUGCGAAGUGGUUGCUUGGCCUCGGAUGUUUGUUCACUGCCAUCUUCACCUUGAUGACUCCUAUCGCUGCUAGAUAUUCUGUUUAUGCCCUGAUGGCGGUUCGAGUCAUGGAAGGAAUUGGAGAGGGUGUCACCUUUCCUGCGAUGCAUGCCCUAAUAGCGAAAUGGGCUCCUCCGUUUCAAAGAAGCCUCUUUUCUUCAAUAAUUUAUGCGGGAUCGACAGCUGGACUAGUUGUGUCGAUGCCAAUCGCUGGUAUUUUGGCACAAUCUUCUUUUCUCGGCGGUUGGCCGUCUAUAUUCUAUGUUUUCGGUGCCGCUGGCAUCGUAUGGUUUGCGUUUUGGGCAUUUUUGGUGUACGAAGAUCCCGAUUCUCAUCCGUGGAUUUCAGUUGCGGAAAAAACGUUAAUCAAGCGUUCCCUUGGUCGACAAGUACAUCAUGGUUCGAAAGUGAACGUUCCGUAUCGAAGAAUCCUCACGUCUCCUCCAUUUUGGGCAAUUCUAAUUGCUCACUGCGGGCAAAAUUGGGGUUUCUACACACUCUUGACGCAGCUUCCGUCUUACGUGAAAAAUGUACUGGGCUUCGAUGUACAGCAGAGUGGAUUCAUAUCCUCUUUGCCUUACCUAUGCUUGUAUGUGGUGUCAAUAUUUGGAGGCUUGGCUGCAGACGCCAUUCGUGCAAAAGGUCUUUUGAGUACAACGGCGACAAGAAAACUGUACACCGCUUUAGCUUUUGGCAUUGCAGGAAUUUGUUUGCUGACAGUAUCCGCUCUUGGAUGCAAUAUUCCCGGUGUUAUUGCUGUAAUUUCUUUGGCUGGAGCUGCGGAUGGACUCGCGUCACCGGGUUUCAAUGUCAAUCAUAUUGACAUAGCGCCGAAUUAUGCUGGAGUUUUGCUGGGCUUCACCAACUGUGCAGCCACAAUUCCUGGUAUCGUAGCACCUUAUGUUACCGGAUUAAUCAUUAAUGAGGAUCAAAGUAUUCAGAAGUGGAAAAUCGUCUUCAUGAUUUCUGCUUUCGUCUUCAUGUUUGCUGCCGCGGUGUACGCAAUUUUCGGGUCCGGAGAAGAACAGGAAUGGAACAGACAGCGCACCAAUGUUUCAGAAGAAAGCCCAAGAAAAAAGGACGAUACCCACGAUUCCUUAUUUGAGAAUCCUUCAGAAGAAGACAGGUGAAAAGGACAUUUGCAAGGGUGUGACUAUUUGAAAAGUUUUAAUUAAGAAGUCCGAUGUUUUGAAUCGAAGAAACUUCGAUCUCAAUAGCCGAGGUUGAAUAGUCAUGCUUUUUAAUAUUGUUGGCUUACCCAUCGCCUUGAAAACUUUGUUGAAGGAAUUUUGAUUAAUUGUGAUUUGGAAAAUUGGAAAAGGAGAGAAUUUUAUUUGAUGCUUCCUUUGCCGCGAGAGACAAGUUUAUAUGGCUGCGUUCUUUGUGAUUUAUGAUUACCGUCGUUCAAUGAAAUACAAUUGUGCUUUUCUUUGAA